CUUCCGCGACGCUUCCAGCCUUCCCCUGCCCCUCCGGUUCUCCCCCACCUACGAAGGCACGAACUCGCCAAAAGAGGCAAGCGCUUACGGAAACCGCCCCUAAAAAUUUCCCAAUUGCAGCAUCCAAAUUCCAAGUCGUCGUCCUCGGGCCAGAUCUAUCCGCCGGCCUGAUUUCUCCUCGAUUUGAGCGCUCCUCGUUGCGAUGGAUCCGCGGGCCAGGUACCCUCCUGGCAUCGGGAACGGCCGCGGCGGGAACCCUAACUACUACGGCCGCGGCCCGCCCCCGCAGCAGCAACAGCAUCACCACCAGCAGCCGCCGCCGCCGUCGCAGGCGUACCAUCAGCAGUACGUACAGCGUCAGCCGCAGCCGCAGCCCUCGCAGCACCUCAGCCAGCAACAGCAACAGCAGCAGUGGCUUCGGCGUCGGCAGAUCGCUGGCGAGGCCGCGGGUGCUGGCGCACAGAAGGCAACGCCUGCCGUGGACGGCAUCGAUUCAAGUUCACAAGAUUGGAAGGCUCAGCUGAAGCUUCCACCUCAAGAUACACGAUACAGAACAGAAGAUGUUACUGCAACCAAGGGAAAUGAAUUCGAAGACUAUUUUCUGAAACGUGAACUUCUUAUGGGGAUAUAUGAGAAAGGAUUUGAAAGGCCUUCACCUAUCCAAGAAGAAAGCAUCCCUAUUGCAUUAACUGGUAGUGACAUUCUUGCAAGAGCAAAGAAUGGAACUGGCAAAACUGCUGCAUUUUGUAUACCUGCACUAGAAAAGAUUGACCAAGACAAAAAUGCGAUUCAAGUUGUCAUAUUAGUCCCUACAAGGGAAUUGGCUUUACAAACUUCGCAAGUCUGCAAAGAACUUGGGAAACACUUGAAAAUUCAAGUAAUGGUCACUACUGGAGGAACCAGCCUAAAGGAUGAUAUUAUUCGGCUUUAUCAACCUGUUCAUUUACUAGUUGGGACACCUGGUCGAAUUUUGGACCUUACAAAGAAAGGCAUUUGCGUUCUGAAGGAUUGUUCGAUGCUUAUAAUGGAUGAGGCGGAUAAGCUUCUUUCUCCAGAGUUUCAACCUUCUAUUGAGCAGUUGAUUCGAUACCUUCCAUCGAAUCGGCAGAUUUUGAUGUUCUCAGCAACAUUUCCUGUGACCGUUAAGGAAUUUAAGGAUAAAUAUCUGCCUAAACCUUAUGUUAUUAACCUUAUGGAUGAACUUACGCUCAAGGGAAUUACACAGUUCUAUGCUUUUGUGGAAGAAAGGCAGAAAGUUCAUUGCCUUAAUACUCUCUUUUCCAAGCUGCAAAUUAACCAAUCCAUAAUAUUCUGUAACUCUGUAAACCGUGUUGAACUUUUGGCAAAGAAGAUUACUGAGCUUGGUUACUCUUGCUUCUACAUCCACGCUAAAAUGCUGCAAGAUCAUCGCAAUAGGGUAUUUCACGAUUUUCGCAACGGUGCAUGCAGGAACCUUGUGUGUACAGAUCUUUUUACGAGGGGAAUAGAUAUCCAAGCUGUCAAUGUUGUGAUCAACUUUGAUUUCCCCAAGAACGCAGAAACAUAUCUUCACAGGGUUGGUAGAUCUGGGAGAUUUGGCCACCUUGGUCUGGCUGUGAAUUUGAUCACAUACGAGGAUCGGUUUAACUUGUAUCGGAUUGAGCAGGAACUUGGAACAGAGAUAAAACCAAUACCUCCUCAGAUAGACCGGGCUAUAUAUUGCCAAUAGUGAUAUUAGAGAGUGAUCUUGUAGCCACUCUCUUGAAGGAAUAAGACAGCUUGUGUAAAUAUCAGCUCACCAGGUUUCAUUCUGUUAUAUCGUAUGGUGUAUUUUAACCCAAAGUUGUGGGGCAAUCGGUAACUAGUGACAUGUAGCCAAGCUCAUCUAAAUUCAGACUCGGUGAAGCGUUUGGAUGAUCAGUUGAUCACUGCUAGACAUUAGUUAAUGUCGCCAAAAUCGGCCUGUCCUCAGGCUGUUUGCCCCAAGCUUGUCAGACAUGUUGCGUUGGACAAUGUAACAUCUGGCAUUUUCUACAGGACAUUUUAACCCCGGUACCUCUCUGCGUUGUGAUCUUGGCGCGAAGAAACUGAUCAUUGCACCUAAGUCAUGUAGUGUCCAUUGUGUCAGUUGUCAAGCUAUAUAGCUCUUGGACACCCAAUCAUACUUCCAAUCUCCAGUAUUUUGUGCUUAAGUCAUCCUAUCUGUUCCGAUGUGGCAGUCCUGUAUUUUCUAGAUUGGGUCAGUGUUCUAGUGUGUGUUUACCCAGAUCAGGGUUUUCAUUUGCUUCCUUUUUUCCCCAUAAUGUGAGAAUGUACCUUUUGCUGUCGUGAUUCUAGUCGAAACAGUUUUAGACCUGUGGUCUUUGUACUCCCUGCUGGGGGGAUGCGAAAGUGGCACUAGGCUGAAGUACUGUUGCUGUGUUUGCAUUCUGAAAGGACGAACAUGUUAUUGUGUCUUUUUUGUGAAAAACAUGUUAUUGUGUCUGCCAUCAGGUGAUAGUUGGCACCCUAUCAA